CCUCAGCGUUGGGGGGUGUCACCCCACUCUCUCGCUCUCUCUCCCAUGCCAGCAGCCAGCAGAUCCCUCGACAUACAACUAAAACUCCCAACUCUACUUCAGUUUGAUUCUCGAGCAUCUCUCUUCUCUCUUCACAGUUUCUGUAGAUUCAAACAACAUCUAAAGCAACUAUCUCAAUAAUGUCCAAGAUUUACGUCGGUAACUUGUCGUGGAACACCACGGAUGAGAUUCUCAUGCAGACUUUCACCCAGUACGGGCCUGUCCUUGACGGAAUCGUCAUGAAGGACCGAGAGACUGGCCGAUCCAGGGGAUUCGGAUUCGUCACCUACGGAUCCGCCGAGGAGGCCAACAACGCCAUCGCCGCCAUGGACGGACAGAACUUGGACGGACGUCAGGUCCGAGUCAACCUCGCUAACCAACGUACCGGUGGAGGUUACGGUGGCCAGUCCGGAUACCAGGGUGGUGGCGGAUACGGCGGUGGCCAGGGCGGCUACGGCGGCCAGGGUGGAUACGGUGGUGGUUACGGCGGUCAGUCUGGCGGCUACGGUGGUCAGGGCGGAUUCUCUCAGGGAGGAUUCGGAGGUCAAGGCGGUGGAUACGGUGGCGGUUACGGUGGUCAGCAGGCCGCUGGUGGCUUCCAGGGUGGAUACGCCGCUCAGGGCCAGUCCGGUUACGCUGCCGGUGGUCAGGGUGGAUACGGUGGCCAGGGUCAAUCCGGCUACGCUCCCCAGGGUGGAUACCAACAGCAGGGUGCCGGCGGAUACGGUCAGCAGGCUCCUUACGGCGGUCAGCAGCAGUAAUCUCGUCGCCACGUUUUCAUGAUUGAAGUUUCCCCGACUCGCGCUCGAUCUCGACAAGCUCUCUCAAAACACGCAUCUGGCUGGAUGGGUGGGAUUACGGAAGGAGGAUGUAGGGAAAGGGUACCGAUUGUUUUUCACUGUUCAAGAGUGUGGUUGAGAAUUUGAUCGUCUGUGUGAAAUCGUGCUUCGUAAUUAUCUGUCCGUUGCCCCUGUAUCAACUUUGUGCUCGCAUGAAUUGAUCCAUUGAAAAGGCUGUUGUGUGUGC